AUGGUCCGGUACGAGAUCUUUGAUGCCCGGGACUUGCUGGCCUUCCCCGGAGGCGACAACAGUACAGACACCGUCUUUGGAGGCAUCCACUUCAACCUCACCACACUCGAGCACUGGAAUUACACCUACUACAGCAAUGGCACGCUGUCCAACAACUCCCGCUGUUAUCUGACAUACGAGCCGUAUCAGCCCCAGCUUCUCAUCAGCAAUGGAACCUUUAUCAACGCCACCAAGUGUUACAGCGCCGUGGAUCCAAUUGGUGUUCGGGGCUACACGGGAAUUGGCUUCGCGGCCGUGUAUGCUGUUGGACUUAUGCUCACACUCACUGCUCUGGCCAAGCACGGCAGACUGUAUCUACCCAAGGAGAAGCGCUUCUAUCCAAUUGGUCGCCGCUGGCAGUGGUAUUGGGCUUGCUUUGUUUGCGCGUGCGCCUUGAUCAGCCUCUUCACCAACAUCGAUAUCGACCGUUACCAUGUUGUGGAGCUUCCCAUCAUUGUCACUUCCUUCUUCUGGUUCCUCAUAUGUCAGGGAACCAUUGCGCUAGUCUGGGAAUCAGUGAGGCAUUGGGGAAGCUGGCAAGAGAGGCAGUUCAUCGACCCGAAUCCCUUUGUCUAUCGUACCGACGACCGGCGCGCAAAGGUAGAGUUUUAUCUGCCCUUGUGGUUCUAUUUCUGGACCUGGAUGAACUUCUUCCUCGUUGUGCCUCGUGGCUGGUCGUUUGUGGAAAUGCAACGAUCCCCAGAGCAAACCAUAGCCAAGGCGAUUCCCACUGCUACUGGAGCGCGAUUUAAGGCGGGCGCUUUCUGCCUUGUUAUCGCUUGGGCUACAAUCGUCUUUUCGCUUCGCCACUCAAUCUACCACUACAAGCCGAAAAACCGUGGAGUGUUGAAUCGUACAUUGGGCCUUGUUAAGGCGAUUCCGCUGCGCUUCGUCUUGACCAUUCCACUCACUGGCGCUCUUGUUGCUUACCAGGUUCUCAUUUCUUUUAACUGGACCUUUUCUGUCAUGCGCUACGGUGGAAUCGUGCCAGUCAUAUUUGCCUGGGGCUACGGCCCGUCUUUGCUAAUCAUCUUCGUGCAAGUCGCAUAUGGAUUUGCAAGCCCCAAUGAAGAUAAGGCUUUGCUUGCGCAACGGCGACAACGGGGUGAGACUAUUGACCGGGAGCUUGGCAUUGUUAAGAAGCCGGCAUGGUGGAGGCGCGUUAGGGGUGAUCACCUUAUGAGCAUGCGAGACAAGAUUUCCCAAAAUGUCAACGAGGUCGGAGGCAAGCGCGGACUCAGGGCCAGAUUCGAAGAUGAGGCGGAAAGAGAGCAAGACGACCCUGCGACCAGCAUCGAAAUGAACAACAUGUCUCAAAGGAACAACCCUCGGGUCGAUAGGGCUGGCGUUGCGAACUUGUCAUCCACAGGGCCGGGUCGCUACAACGGAAAGUCUGAGCGCCGACAGAAUGAGCGAAUGGUCGAGUCCGUUGCCGGUGUGCUCUUCCCCAACAGCCCGAGCGAUAUAGCAGCUGCCGAGAGGCUUCGGAGGAUUGCCGAAAUCUCGCAGGACGGACCUCCACCGUAUCGGGAUGAAGAUCGGGGUCGCUCGUCCCGACACGGGGCAAGCAACGGACAGAGGAACGGUAGUGCAGAUACCACAAACUCGAUUGCUGCCCCGCCCCAGCAAGUGAGAAGCAUGCUGGACGUUUGA